AUGGUAGCGGAGCGCGCCCGCAAAGCUGCAGCCGCGGGUGCCCGCGGCCCUGGCGAGCUGGGUGCUCCCGGGACGCUGACGGCUCUGGCGGUGGCGCCGGCUGAGCGCUGCGCGCGGCUGCCGAGCCCGGGGUCCUGCGGGCUGCUGGCGCUGACCCUUUGCUCGCUCGCGCUCAGCCUUCUCGCCCACUUUCGGACCGCGGAGCUGCAGGCCCGGGUGCUGCGCCUGGAAGCGGAGUGUGGGGAGCAGCAAAUGGAGACGGCUAUUUUGGGACGAGUUAACCAACUGCUGGAUGAGAAAUGGAAGCUCCACUCUCGGAGGCGCCGGGAGGCCCCGAAGACGUCUCCAGGGUGUCAUUGCCCACCAGGACCUCCUGGUCCUAUUGGAAGACCUGGCCUCCCGGGGGACAAAGGUGCCAUUGGGAUGCCUGGACGUGUGGGAGUAAAGGGCCAACCAGGUGAGAAGGGGGCCCCAGGAGAUGCCGGGAUGUCCAUCAUUGGUCCUCGCGGCCCCCCCGGUCAGCCGGGCACUCGAGGUUUUCCCGGAUUUCCGGGUCCCAUUGGGCUGGAUGGAAAACCGGGCUACCCCGGACCCAAAGGGGAGAUGGGCCUGAUGGGUCCCCGAGGACAGCCGGGACCUCAAGGAGAAAAAGGAGAAAAGGGUCAGUGUGGCGAGUACCCACACCGGCUGCUGCCUCUCCUCAAUUCAGUGCGACUGGCUCCACCCCCAGUCAUAAAAAGGCGGACCUUCCAGGGUGAACAGGGCCAGGCCGGUAUCCAAGGCCCACCAGGGCCACCAGGCCCCCCUGGACCAAGUGGACCUCAGGGGCAUCCAGGACUGACAGGGCCCAUGGGGCCACGUGGCUUUCCUGGGCCUCCUGGACCGAAGGGAGACCCGGGGAUCCAGGGCUACCACGGCCGGAAGGGAGAACGGGGCAUGCCAGGGAUGCCGGGCAAACACGGAGCGAAGGGGGCUCCGGGCAUCUCCGUGGCUGGGAUGAAGGGAGAACCAGGGACCCCGGGAGCCAAGGGAGACCCAGGAGCAGCAGGGAAGCCGGGGCCCCCAGGUUUGCCGGGAAAGAGGGGACAGAGGGGUGAGAAGGGGGCUGCAGGCUCCCCCGGGCUACUUGGCCUCCUGGGGCAGAAGGGAGAGAAAGGUGAUGCUGGCAAUUCCAUUGGAGGAGGCAGAGGGGAUCCUGGUCCCCCAGGGCUCCCCGGGCCGCCAGGGCCAAAGGGAGAAGCUGGUGUCAGUGGCCAGGCCGGCCCCCCUGGACAGCAGGGAAACAAGGGGGACCCUGGAGCACCUGGAGAACAGGGACCUGCUGGCCCCAAGGGCUCCAAGGGAGAGCCAGGGAAAGGAGAGACGGUGGAUUGCAGUGCCAGCAUCAACGAGGCUCUCCAGGAGAUGCCAACGCUGACCUUGAUCGGGCCCCCGGGUCCUCCUGGACAAAUCGGCCCUCCUGGAGCUCCGGGGAUCCCAGGCCAGAAGGGGGAGAUUGGACUGCCAGGUGCUCCAGGACACGAUGGAGAAAAGGGACCUCGAGGCAAACCAGGGGACAUGGGCCCUCCUGGUCCCCAAGGCCCCCCAGGAAAGCCGGGGCCUGCAGGAAUAAAGGGAGAAGAUGGACACCCAGGGAGUCCAGGAGAGAAGGGGGAGAAAGGGGAGACGGGACAGGCCGGCCCACCGGGAGAGAAAGGAGAACCUGGGGAAAAGGGUGAUCCAGGAGUAGAGGUUCCUGGGCCACCAGGGCCAGAGGGGCCUCCCGGACCUCCGGGGCUCCAAGGCAUUCCUGGACCAAAGGGAGAAGCAGGACUAGAUGGAGCAAAAGGAGAGAAGGGUGUCCAGGGAGAAAAAGGAGACCGAGGUCCUCUGGGAUUACCCGGAGCUUCAGGUUUGGACGGCAGGCCUGGGCCACCGGGUACUCCAGGACCAAUUGGAGUUCCAGGCCCUGCGGGACCAAAGGGCGAGAGGGGCAGCAAAGGCGACCCUGGGAUGACAGGACCAACGGGAGCAGCUGGGCUUCCUGGUUUACAUGGACCACCCGGGGACAAAGGAAACCGGGGGGAGAGGGGGAAGAAAGGCUCUAGAGGGCCUAAAGGGGAUAAGGGAGACCAAGGAGCGCCUGGAUUAGAUGCCCCCUGUCCAUUGGGCGAGGACGGCUUACCAGUCCAGGGCUGCUGGAACAAGUGAUGCCUCUAACUUGGGAUUGGCCUGUGUGUGUGUUUGUACAUAGAAUAUUUAUUUUUAUACAGUUUUUACUUUUUGAAAAUGCCAGAAGUAUGAUGCAUCUUACAGAUUAUUAAAAAAGUAAAAACCUGCAUAUUUUGUACAGAAAAUACCAACAUCUCUUCUUUCGUUUACAAGAUGUUUUGUAUAAGUCUACGACUCUAAUACACUUUUUGUUUCUGAUGUGGUCAUAUGUUUGCAUGAUAUUUGUGCACACUUAUUAAGUAUUGAAACUUAAUAAAUUAUUGCAUUCUGGUGCCAAAGGGACCCUACCAGCACUAAGGUACUGGCUUUUGCGGUAUGAAUCCACAAAAACAUGAAAGUCUGUGGUGUUUACCA